GAUAUAGGCUUGUAGCCACAACCAAUUUCAAUCCUGAACCAUUAUCUCCUCUACCAGGCUCAUGGAAACACCAACAUCUUCAACACCAGCUGAAUCCGACAUAGUAAGGAACAUAGUCUCCAUACUUACUUCCCAACCUUCCCUUCAAUCUCUAAAGCCAUACAUUCCUCACCUCACCCCUUCUUUGAUACCAUCAAUAUUCUCUUCUGCAUCCCUUUCUACGUGCCCUAGCACACUUCUUACCUUCUUCCAAUGGUGUCAUACUCAUGUUUCCAAUUUCACACACGACUGCAAUUCCCUCCCUUCCCUCCUCACCCUCCUCCCUUGUCUCUUUAGACACCAGAAGUUCUCUGAUGCCAAAUCUCUUCUUCUCUCCUUCAUAACUGCUGACACUCGUCAUGUCCUUCACGACCACCUUCUCCAUCCAUCUUCUCGCUUCCCUUCCCCCUCCAGAGCCCUCCUUGACACUGCAGUUGGUGCCUAUGUCCAGUACCGGAAACCUCAUCUCGCAUUUCAGAUUUUCAAGAAGAUGAAGCGCCACCGUUUCCGCCCAACAGUCCUCACCUGCAACACCCUUCUCAAUUCCCUGGUAAGAUACCCAUCUUCUUAUUCACUUCUUAUGUCAAAGCAGGUCUUUGAUGAUGCCAUCAAGCUUGGGGUCAUCCCAAAUACAAAUACUUUCAAUAUUAUGAUUUAUGGGUAUUGCUCGAAUUCUAAGUUUAAAGAAGCCAUGAUGUUCCUUAACCGGAUGAGUGACUUUGAUUGCUCACCUGAUAAUGUCACUUAUAAUACCAUCCUAGAUGCUUUCUGUAAGAAAGGUCUUUUGAAUGAGGCUCGGGAUUUGCUUUCCAAUAUGAAAGACAGAGGGCUUUUGCCGAAUCGGAAUACGUUUAACACCUUGGUUUCUGCGUAUUGUAAGUUGGGUUGGCUGAAGGAGGCAGCAAAGACAAUUGAAUUGAUGACCCAAAGCAAAAUUUUGCCUGAUAUUUGGACUUACAACAUGUUGAUUAAUGGGUCGUGCAAGGAGGGUAGGAUUGAAGAAGCUCUUAGGCUUCGAGAUGAGAUGGAGAAAAUGAAAUUGUUUCCAGAUGUUGUUACUUAUAACACAUUGAUUAAUGCGUGCUUUGAGCAGAAGAUGAACUUUAUGGCCUGUGAGUUGGUUGAGCAAAUGGUUGAGAAGGGUGUGCAGCCGAAUGCUGUUACCCAUAAUAUUAUCAUUAAGGGGUUGUGCAAAGAGGGGAAGAUAGAGGAAGCAAGCAAAUACAUUAGGAAGAUGGAGGAAAAUGGGUUUUCUCCAGACUCUGUUACUUACAAUACUUUGAUCAACGGGUACUCUAAAUCAGGGAAAAUGGCGGAUGCAUUCAAGAUGUUGAAUGAAAUGGCUCAGAAAGGUUUGAAGAUGGACACUGUUACUCUUAAUACUGUUCUCUACAAUCUCUGUGAGGAGAAGAAGCUAGAUGAGGCCCAUGGGCUACUUUGUAGUGCUGCAAAGAAGAGUUAUUCUAUUGAUGAGGUUAGUUAUGGCACUUUGAUCAUGGGAUACUUCAAAGAUGAGGAUGUUGAUGGGGCUUUGAAGCUUUGGGAAGAGAUGAAAGAGAAAGAGAUCCUUCCUAGUGUUGUUACCUACAAUUCAGUUAUUGGAGGGCUUUGCAAGUGUGGCAAGACCGAGGAGGCAUUGGCCAAGUUGAAUGAGCUUAUACAGAGUGGGUUGGUGCCUGAUGAGACUACAUACAACAGUCUUAUUCACGGGUACUGUAGGGAAGGAGAUCUGGAAAAAGCUUUUCAGUUCCACAAUAAAAUGGUUGAGAAUUCCUUCAAGCCGGAUACUUUUACUUGUAAUAUUCUUCUUUUUGCACUCUGCAAUGAGGGAAUGAUCGAUAGGGCUUAUAAGCUCUUCCAAACAUGGAUCUCAAAGGGGAAAGUUGUUGAUACCGUCACUUACAACAUUCUGAUAACAGGUAUGUGCAAAGAUGGUAACAUAGAACGGGCAUUGGAGCUUCUCAGAGAAAUGGAAGAGAAGAAACUGGAACCAGACCACAUUACGUACAAUUCUAUUUUAUGUGGACUUACAGAGUCGGGUAGAACUGAAGAUGCUGAGGAGUUUCUAUCCAGUUUGGUUCAAAAUGGAAAAUUACCCAAUCAGUUAUCUUUUGCAGCUAGUAGGGAAGUCGCCCCUGGAGUACGAGGUGAAAAAGGCCAAGAAGUGGUUGCUAAUGGAACUCCACACGAUUGUGAUUCAAGUUCUGUUGUUUACUCUAAGCGCAUUGAUGACCUGUGUAACGGAGGAAAAUACAAAGAAGCAAUGUGCACAUUGGAAGAAUCAAUGAAGACUGGUAUUGUAUUAAAGAGAUCAACAUAUAUUACUUUAAUGGAAGGGCUCAUCAUGAGGCGGAAAAGCACAUCGAAGGUGGCCCAAUAGAAGUGGCUUUAUGUUGUUUCUAGUCUCUUCUGAAUGAGCGGGUCAGCCUCAUUAUCUUCUUUAGUCAGGGGUGAGCCGGUGAACCAGAUAACUGAAGGUAAACAUUCCUUUCCCAUUGGAAAAGGAAAACAUAAUUGGAGAUUGUUUGGAUUCCAAUAUGCAAUAAUGCUUUAUGCCCUUUGGCACAC